GUGACUGUGCAGUCUGGAUAUCAUUCAGAGCUGCUUUGGGAAACGAGAAGUUACAGAAAAUGCCCAGCAGGUAUCACAAAGCAGCAGCCGACGGCAAUUUGGACCUCUUGAAAGAAGCCACUAGGAAAGACCUCAAUACUUCAGAUGAAGAUGGGAUGACACCCACCCUUCUGGCAGCAUACCAUGGGUAUCUGGAAGCUCUGGAAGUCAUAUGUCGGAGGGGAGGUGAUCCUGACAAAUGUGACAUAUGGGGGAACACACCUCUCCACCACGCUGCUUGCAACGGUCACAUCCAUUGUGUUUCUUUUUUGAUCAACUUUGGUGCUAACAUCUUUGCCCUGGACAAUGACCUCUGCACACCCCUGGAGGCGGCUGCCAGCAGAGACCGCAACGAAUGUGUCAGAAUCCUGGACAAAGCUGCCACUGAGCAGAACAUCCUGAAUCCAAAGAGGGUCUCCAAACUGAAAGCACAGGCCCAGAGGAAUGCAGAGAAACAAAUCAAGGAAUGUGAGAAGCGCCAAGAGAAACACCAGCAUGAAAUGAACCGGAAUUACAUUAAAGAAAAGAUUGGCACAGUAAAUUCUUCCAGAGGGACACACUCCAGAGUAAAGCUACCUAGUCGUCUCUUUGCUUCAAAUACAAAAAGUUCUUUCUCCAAAAAUCUCAAAGAUACCUUGAAACUGAAGGCAAAAAUGAUGGGUGACAGCACGAGAAGUCAGGGAACACAAAGCAAUAACCAAGAGGAUGGUAUGGCUAGGAGAACUGUGAUGCAUUUGUUUGAUGAGAAAGAGGAGGAUGAAUUACCGAAUGACCUUGGAGAGAAGAACUUCUCUGACAAUGACAGUCAGCUCUCCAUUUUUAAGCGGCCAGGACUCGGCAAGAUUGUAUUUGGAAGGAAUCUGGCUGCAGAUGUAAAUCCUGAAAGCAUGUCUUCUGAGAAAGAAAGUAUAAGCUUUAAAACGUCCAAUGAGCUCUUUCUGUAUGAAAAUGCUGAGAACGGUAGGGAAGAUAAUGCCGAAAAUGGUGCUGAUAUCCCUUGGCAAGAGGAAGAAGUCAUUUGGGAUGAUGAGGAAGCAGAGAACACACCCCUUGAGGUAUUUCUGGCAUCACAGAUGCUGGAUGAGUUUCUUCCAGCCUUCAUGAGGGAAAAAAUUGAUUUGGAUGCCCUGAUGUUAUGUUCUGAUGAAGAUCUACAAAGCAUUCAGAUAGAGCUUGGGCCCAGAAAAAAAGUCCUGAAUGCUGUGAAUAAAAGACACCAAGCACUCAAGAACCCUGGAAAGAUUGUAGAUACUGUCUUAUAAAUUAAUGUAUCUGUUGCUGUAACCUGCACACUGAUUCAUUAUCUUUUCCUCUUCCCAAAAAGCAUGGAAUUCUUUUCAGACAUCUACUAAAAUAAAAGGCAAAGAGGCUACAAAUUACUUUAGAAAGUACAGCAAGGACAAAGAUUUUUCUGUCUGGCUGUGGUACACAGGGUAUUAAGUCAAGCAUAUUCUGCCAAAAAGAAAAAAUGUGAAGGUAAAAAAACCAAAAGCUCUAGAUAUAAAGAUUUACUCUCUGAACUGUUAUAGGGAUUGGAUUUAUUUUGGUCUGAGUAACUUCAAGUAUUAGUGAAGGCCAGCCACACUACAUUCCUUAAAAAAGCCCUUUCUUUCUUCUUCAAAACCACAAUGUAAAGAGCAUUCCCAAAGUGUGAGAGCUUUGAGUUUUCUCCCUUUGCUUCUGUUAGAUUGCUACAAACUGCCCUUCCUGGUACUGAUGAUAUGUUAGAAAUAGCACCUGAACCUUGAUUUCAGCGGUGGUUUAUUGACUCUAAUAGCCUCUGAAUCAAUGUAGAUAAGACUAAUUUACAGCAAAUUUUGUGUUCCUGUCAGUAAAGAGCUUUGCUGUUGUAUUGGUAUUAAUUUAAAAAUACAUGAAGUACCUUGCCAGGAGAUGUUUUGUGUAAGCUGUACAAUUUUUUUAUCUCAGUAGACUGGAUACAGUUGCCAGCACCCAUCAUGUCCUAAAUGGCACUAAAAUCACGGUACUUUCAAUUAGAAGAAGCUGAGAUUAUAUUUUCAGGAUUUUUUGUCUGUUUUGGUAUAUACUCAGCUUGGUUUUGAUAGGGUGCACUUGGCAUGUGAACUCCUAGAAACCAGGACUCUAAUCCUACAGCAUUUUCUGUUGGCUGUUGUCAGCCUUAGCCUGAAAACUGCGUGUAACUGGGUACACACACACCCCCAGCUCAUGAAAAGUGAAAGUGAGACAGUGCUUCUGUGGAGUUCCUGUUCUUUGAAGUCUAUCUGGAGGCAUUCACAGCAGAGUUCAUUUCUCACAGGCCUGUUCCUUUGAGAUGCCAGCAGUAUCUGGUAUGAAUUAGUCACUCCAGUUGAGUUUUGUUCAUCUAAUAAGGUUUUUGUAGCAACCAUGUUCUAGCAAAGUUCAUCAGAUUUUAGAGGCUCAAUUAUUAGCAGGACUUUUAUCUUUAAAUCUCUUUUUAUAGCUUUUCAUUAGUCAGGUAUUCUUUUUUUCCUUAGGGGUACACCACAUUCGUGGACACUAAUCCUAGUUAAUGAUCUUUUUUUUUAUCUUCCUUCUUUCCACUCUUCUUGUUACUUCAAUUUGUAUAUUAUAAUUCCUUUCCUUAGGUGGACUUUAUACUGCAUUCUUUCAUCCUCAGACUUCAGCAGGUCAAUAUUUUCUUCUAUUAAGCAGUCUCAAAGUCCUGUUCUGUGCAGCCUUCACUGCUGUGCUCAGCACAGUAAUUCAACCAGACAGCACUCCCCCAGGCUCUGGGGGCUCGGCUGUUUUCAUUUUGUCUAAGAAAGUCACACAUUUUUAACAAAGCAAGAUGGAAAUUAUAAAUAUUUUAAGGCAUAUGAUUUUGAAGUGUCAAAUCCUAUCAUUCUUAGUCACAUAACUGAUGUAAAAAUGUAAGGCAUUCUCCACCCUUGAGAUGCAGCAAGCCAAGCCUCAUCACUCUCUGCAUCUUCCCCUCCCUGCAGCUGCAGUGGCUGAAUUCUACCAUCCUGACAUAAAAGGUUGAGACUGAGGCCUGUGCUGCUCUGAUGACUUCUCUGAAGUGCAAAGUGGUGAGCAUAAUGUACCUUUCAUGGGCAGAUCUUAAAUAACUGGGUCAGAUACAUUUAUGCAGGGAAAUGCUUAAAAAAAUUUGCCAGUGCCUGUCACUGAUGGAAGCCAAAUGUAGAUAGGAGAGAAGGGACCUGGAGAAAUUGCACAUUAGGGGUAUCUCUAAAUUGCACUGGAAAUCUACAUCUUUGCAUACUCAUCUGUCAAUCUGCCUGACUGCUGUGGCCUCUGACAACCAGAGAUAAUGGCAGAUGCUAUUGGCACAGAAAUGGACUGACUCCAUUGUCACAAUCAUCCAAUGUGUUUAGGUACAUUCUUAGGUAUCCACAGUAACUCUACAAAGCUAGCAGAAGCAGCACAAGAUCUGCAAGAGGCCCUGGUCCUUCUGGAACUGCAUCUAGAGACUGAGUAAGAAGCCUCAGAGCAUCCCAUAUGACACUUAUCUUCAAGCAACUGAAUCAAUCCCAGUAUAUAUACCCUUUUAAAAUAAAUAGUGCAAUAGUGCAAAAUAAAAUAGAAAGUGCAAUACUGCUACUCCUUUCCUUCCAGGGUCAUUCUGGAAAUUAGCCUCUGGUGUACAGCAGCCAAGUGGAAAAAUUGGGGGAAAAAAUUAAAAGAAACAUUCACAUUUAAUUUCUUUUCCACUCAUCUGCUUUGCUAUUUUCCAUUUUUUUUUCACCAAUCCCUUUCUUUCCUUUAUAUUUGGAAGUAUUUAAAUUAAUAAAUUGCAGAUUUGACUCCUUA